CACCCGGGACUCCUUUCGCGCUCCCCAUUCAUGCAGUUUGGUUGAGUGUUGGUGUAUAUUUUUUUACUGUUUUUGCAAUAAAAGAACUAAGGGAGGGAUUCGUUUAUGUUAUUAUUAUUUUGGGGGAAGCGAAACAUUUUUUAUUUUAUUUUCUAGCCAAAAUAAUAAUAAUAAUAAUAAACAAAGCUGCCAAUUGCUUGGGGAUUUCCAAGGCUUGCAAUUGUUACAACUCUUUGGGAACAGUUGGGGCCAAAAAAGAAGCGAAGCCAAUUGGAUUUGCCGGGUUUUAUUUUUAUUGUUUUGGCGCGUGCUUUUGCAACCCUUCUUCUCCUUUAAGCAAAACUUGGCAAAGGAUUGCAAUUCUUUUGUAUUAUUGUUGCUAUUUUGCAAGGAACGCUUGCAACAUUUUUUUUUGUUCCCUUGCUUUUGCAGCUUUUUUUUUUUUUUGCAAAGAAAGCCACUCUUUCCCAGGUCCCGCUAUGCCCAAGAGAAAGGCUGCAGCUGAAGGCGAGGUGAAGGAGGAGCCAAAGAGACGAUCAGCCAGACUAUCUGCUAAACCUGCUCCACCGAAGCCAGAGCCAAAACCCAAAAAGGCAGCACCGAAGAAAGAAAAAGGAGCAAAUGAUAAGAAAGAGGACAAAAAGGUAGCAGCGAAAGGGAAGAAGGGGGCCAAAGGAAAAGAGGAAACUAAGCAAGAAGACGCUAAAGAAGAAAACCACUCUGAGAAUGGAGAUACCAAAACCAACGAGGCACCAGCCGACGAAGUAACUGAUGACAAGGAAGCCAAGUCCGAGUAACCAGCUUAGCUCUCUACAUUUUCCAUCGUUUGGUAUCCGUACCUCCAUACUGUAUUGUUAAGAGAGGAAUAUUUUUAUCAACUAUUUUAUAAAUGCAGGUUUUUUUAGCAUGAAUUUAAUUCUGGAACAUCUUCAUCUCGGCGACUUGGGACUUGAACCAACAAAGGCAAAACAAAAAUCAUUGUUUUAAAAUUUUCUGUGAUUGUCAUAGUUUGUAUGGUACCUGGAAAGAAUCAGUGGUGGUAGCUAUUGACCUCUGUCAGUAUAUAAUCCCUUUGUGUGUAAGUCAUACAGGCUGCAGAUUGUAAUUUUCACCCUUGUUCUGUGUUGUACGUUUUCUUAACGUGGGGAGGUCUCAAAAUAACGGAAAAAAAAAUCACACACAAAAUAAUUGCGUCAGACAUUCCGGUGGUUCUGUGGGUUGCUUUUAUAACGAAGGUGAAAUAUUUUCUUGAAAAAAAAAACCUUAGAAGCUGGAAAUCUUGUUGUAUCCCAAAUGUAGUUUUAUUUUGUCACAUUUUGGAGAAUAAUAAUAAUAAAAAUAAAAAUGUGUAAUCGUGUUUUUAAAUGAAAUACAAAAAAAUCUUUUAAAAAAAGAGACGGCAAGUUGAUAGAAUAUACCCACUGUUAGGAAUUUUGCUGGAUUUAUCUUAAUAAAAAAAUGGACUCCUCGAAA